AUGGAAGCCUGGGAGUCUCUUCUCCGGCGGCCCCUGGCAACAACCGGGCGAGCGCGCGAGGCUCCGGCCGGCAGUCGGCGAGGUCGGGUCUCCGGCGCGGCCUCGGUCGUGGCCUUCGCGGGACAUCUCUCGGGGGACGCUGCAGUGUCAAGGGCGGCGGCGGUGAAGGGGACGCCGCCGGGUCCUCGCCGCUCAGCAGGGGCGCUCCCGAUGGACGAGAAUCACGGUAUGCUGGUGACGUUUGUGUUUCCCAAUCUCCCAAUGCUAAUGAAUCCUUUAAAACAAAUCCUUGCUCCAGAUCAUGAUCCGCAUCUCCACCAACCGAAGUUGUGCUAG